AUGAAAGAGCUUGUUGAUGUUUUAUACUAUGAUUAUAUCCUAUACAAGCUGGCAAAUUUGUAUACAUUAGAGACUGCCAGCAAAGAAAUAGGCCAGUACCAGAAAAUAGCGCAAAAGCUUCUAGUAAAGCUCCGCUCAGAUAGGGUUAUUUUUGAUGCCGAGAUAGGUUUGAAGUUUGCAUACAUAAAGCUAUAUGACCUUCAUCUAUCCUUUCCAAAAUGUACAGGAAGGCACCAUGCCUCUUGCUGCCGGGCCCAUUACUUGCAAUUUCUUAGUACCUCCUAUGACUAUCUCACUAAGAUCAUGGCAGAGUAUUCCUCUCUGAAGGAGUGUACUGCAUUCAGCCACCUCAUUUAUAUUGUGGUAGUGGUGAGGUUUGUCAGUUCUCCUACAUUGGAGCAAUUCAGGGACUUGAAUAAGGAAGAGGACCCUGAGUCUAUGAAGCCGUAUCUUGCUCAGCAGGGGAUCAAGGCCGAGACUGAGGAGGAGUUUGCUAAUGAGAAAGAAAGACUCAUUAAAACUUUAAAGAUAAAGGCUAAGGAUGAGAGUAGCCUUUUCAACAAAACAUUUCAGUAUGUAAUGGAUGAGCUCAAGCGGAUGUUUCUGUCCUUUGAUGUUCCCCUCCUCUCCUUCUUCGGAACUAGCGAAGUGAUACAGCUGAAGGAGCUUUAUCCCAAUGCAUUUGAAGGAUUCGAGGGCGUUCCAGGGUCUUCAAAGAGCUACAAGGAAGAAAUUCUAAAGGAGUACUUGGACAUGAGGAGCAUCCUUAACAAAACUAGAAGUGCGUUUAUAAAUCCUAAGGACAAAGGGGAGAAAAUAUUGUGGGGAUCAGAUGUAAGUCCAUCCGAUCAGUAA